AUGGGCUGGCCAGAAAUGGACCCAAUGGAACCAGAUCCCAUCAUCAAAGCCAUCACCAACCAAGGGGCCAUCCUCGGACAAGUGUUUGACCAUCCUGUUAAAGGCAAAGAAGUCGCCAAAUGCCUCUUCACUAUCUGCGUACUUUACAGCACCUCCCGCCCGAACCUCGCCGCUUCCCGGGGCCGUGGAAUCCGUGCCCGCUGCGCCCUCUCCGCCCUCCACGGGGCGGGGACGGGGCCCCCUGCUCCCGGCGUGGCUGUCGACUGGGGCGGACUGUCCUCAGUGCGUCCCAACUGGGUCGCGUCGCCAGGGUGGGGACCGGCCCACGUACAAAGGUGCCAGGGGUCUGCGGCGAUGUCGGCAACCCACCCGACCUGUCUUGAAACACGGACCAAGGAGUCUAACGCACGCACGAGUCAGAGGGUCCGACAAACCCCAUGGCGCAAUGAAAGUGAGGGGCGGCGCGCGCCGCCUGAGGUGGGGGUGAUUAUGGGGGUUCUGAUUUACUGUGAGAUGCAGUCUGAUGGCGGCUGGACAGUUUUCCAAAGACGCAGCGGGCCCCAAGUGAAGUUCAACAGAGGCUGGCUGGCCUAUAAGAAUGGCUUUGGGAGCCUCACACGACGCAGCGGGCCCCAAGUGAAGUUCAACAGAGGCUGGCUGGCCUAUAAGAAUGGCUUUGGGAGCCUCACACAGGACCACUGGCUCGGACUCAGGAAGGUAUUUGCUUUGACCAAGGCCAAGACCAGGAACUGGAUUUUGAGAGUGGAUCUCUGGGACCAUGAAGGAAACACUGCGUUUGCAGAGUACAGUCACUUUAAACUGGGAAAUGAGAAGUCAGGCUUCAAACUGCAUGUCAAGACGUACAAAGGGACUGCAGGUGAUGCCAUUCGUGGAGUAUAUGCAGGAAUUGACCAGAACGGUUUUGGCUUCAGCACCAUAGACAGGGAUAAUGAUGGAUGCCACCCUUGUAUUUUUGGGGACAUAGCCGAGGAGGAGUUUGUCGCUUCAGAGGGAGGUGGCUGGUGGUUCAGUCGCUGUGGGUCGGCCAGUCUCCAUGGUGACUAUCACCCAAUGGGAGAACACAUUGGUUGGGCAUCAGGUCUGCACUGGGACAGCUGGAAAGGCAGGGCUCCAUACUCUCUGAAGGCAACCAGGAUGAUGGUCAAACCAAUGGUGUAGACACGAUUCUUUCAGAUAUAAUUCAGCAUCAUGUUGUUUUGUUGUGUGCAAGUUUAAAAAUAUUUCUCUUAAA